AUCCUCGAGAGCUGAGGCCCUUGAAAACCUUAUUUCGGAUCACUGUGCACUAUCAUGGGAAGUGCAUUGGGACUCGAGCUCACCCAACACCACACGGAAGUUCUGCGGGGGCCGCAUUCGCCGUAGCCGGCGUUAUGCGAGCAAGACUCACUGGGCAAAAUUCGGAGUGGAGAUUCAGAAAAUGGGUACGUCGCCCCCGCCAAACUCGAUUGACGAAACCGAAAUACUUGCGGAGCGAGUUCUAGCGGUAAUUUCUAGGGCAGUCAGAUUAUCAACACCAGUGUCGAGUGGGCCGAAGAAAAGAAACAACGACGCUCAUUGGUGGAGUACAGAACUAUCACGUCUGAGGCGUGAGUGUACUCUGAAGCAAGCUGAAAUGAGGAAGGCUAGGAUACGAGGGGGCCCUGGCAUUGACAGUUCUGCCGAAUCCUUGAGGAUCCCUAAGAGACGUUACUCACACGCGAUCAAGAAAGCAAAACGCAAAAGCUUCACUGAGUGGGCUAGUAAACUGGAUGACAGACGCGCCCUGAAAACCUUCCUAGAAGAGGCUCCAGUCGAUAUAGAGUCCGUUGAUGCUGAAGCUGCAGCUUCGGCGUUCUUCGGGAACGUAACGCUGCCCGAUCCAUAUGUUUCCAGUAUACAGGUUCCCAUCAGUGAUAUGGGAGGGAUAGUCUCACACGAGGAAGUGGACAGAAUCGUGGAUGCCAGAUCCACGGGUCGAGCACCCGGCAAAGAUGAUGUAGCAUACGAGCACAUUCGCCGAGCAUGGGCCGAGAACGGCCGUUGGUCCGAUAGUUUAAUCAAGCUGAUGAACGCUGUUCUUCAUUUCCAGUUCUUUCCGAGGUGCCUGCAGGGUGCGGAGGUUGUUCUUUUGAGGAAGAAAGGCAGGCGGACUGGGUGGUCCAAGUUUCGACCCAUAUCGCUCUCCCUGACUCUCGCAAAAGUAUGCGAGGCGUUGAUAGCUAAUUGCCUCGAAGCGGUUAUAGGAGAGCUCCCGUCUUUUGUUCAUGGCUUCGUUGCCAACCGAUCGACCGAUACAGCUUGGAAGGAUCUUGUAACAGCUCUCGAAAGUCACAGGAACUCGCCUGCAGUGAGGGGAGUUGCUGCGUUCGACGCUGUGGCUGCUUUCAACUCGAUCAGUCACAGAGCUAUAUGCGUCGCCAUUGAACGCCUAGCCUACACCGGCUUCAGUGAGCUUGUACGCUCGUUUCUGACAGGUCAGUGGUCCUGCACGGGCGGUGCACGGCGAUACUCGGUAAAGGGUAUACAGCAGGGGUACAUCCUGUCCCCUCGUUUAUAUGUGUACACCACCUUAGAUCUCGGUAAGCAGUUGCAGCUGCUGAACGAGCCCUCUCGUGGCAUAAGCGUUAGACCAGUACUGUACGCAGACGACUCGGCCAUUGCGAUUAAAGCCCCAGGCAUCGUCAGCCUUGUAGGACUAAUCACCCGAGUAUGGAGAAUCAUGGAAAACUGGGCUUCUGAUGUUGACUUAACGCUCUCAAAGGACAAGAACGAAAUCUGGGUUGAUACCUGGACUAGCGAGGUGGCUUCAAUCCUGCAAAAUAGAGGACAUCACGAUCUAGCCGAUUCUGUCAAAAAGUGCAUUAAGUUCUUAGGAUUAUGGCUAGACCAGAAG